UUUGCAGCCGCCGGAGCGUUGUCCAACACGUGAGACUCAUGUGAUGAAGCCGGGGGAGGGCGGGCAGGUCGCUCCUUCCCUCCCCGGCAGCGGCCAGACGUGCUUGGAGUCACAGGGUAGAACACGUAGCUUCUACCCACCCACUCGCUCCCAUUUAACCCAGCCUGCAGCCUCUCCUUACUCCUCGGCUCGUCCCCUCCAGCAACCCCCCCCCGCGCGCCCUAAGCAACACCCCCCUUCCCUCCCGCCUCCCCGCCCGCCCCACUUCUCAUUCACUUGGCUCGCACGGCGCAGACAGCGCAGCUAGCACACACCGCCAGUCUGUGCGCAGAGCGGGAGCCAGAAGCCGCGGGGACACCCGGCUAUGCACGCCCCCAACUGAAGAGACGCCUCAACGCCGCAGCUUCCGGCGCAUUGCAAUUUAGCUCAGGCUAGCUCAGAGGGACGUACCCCUUGAGACCCUCGGAUCCUCCCUUCCAGGGCAGUCCUCCCUUAGACGCUCUGCUAAGUGCAGACGGGAGCGCACGGUGGCCCCGGCUCGCCGCAUCAUGGAGCGGAUCCCCAGCGCGCAACCACCUCCUACCUGCCUGCCUAAAGCGCCAGGGCUGGAGCACGGAGACCUUUCAGGAAUGGAUUUUGCCCACAUGUACCAAGUGUACAAGUCCAGGCGGGGGAUAAAACGGAGCGAGGACAGCAAGGAAACUUACAAACUGCCGCAUCGGCUGAUUGAGAAAAAGAGACGUGACCGGAUUAACGAGUGCAUUGCCCAGCUGAAGGAUCUUCUACCCGAACACCUCAAACUUACAACUUUGGGUCACUUGGAGAAAGCAGUGGUUCUGGAGCUGACGCUGAAGCACGUGAAAGCACUGACAAACCUAAUUGAGCAGCAGCAGCAAAAAAUCAUUGCCCUGCAGAGCGGUUUACAAGCUGGUGAGCUGUCGGGAAGAAAUAUCGAGGCAGGACAAGAAAUGUUCUGCUCGGGUUUCCAGACGUGUGCCCGUGAGGUGCUUCAGUACCUGUCCAGGCACGAAAACACUCGGGACCUGAAAUCUUCCCAGCUUGUCACUCACCUCCACCGUGUGGUCUCCGAGCUGCUGCAGGGUGGUGCUUCCAGGAAACCGUUGGACUCGGCUCCCAAAGCCGUGGACUUCAAAGAGAAGCCCAGCUUCCUAGCCAAGGGAUCAGAAGGCCCUGGGAAAAACUGCGUGCCGGUCAUCCAGCGGACUUUUGCCCCCUCGGGUGGGGAGCAGAGUGGGAGUGACACGGACACAGACAGUGGCUAUGGAGGUGAGUUGGAGAAGGGUGACUUGCGCAGCGAGCAGCCGUACUUCAAAAGUGAUCAUGGGCGCAGGUUCACUGUGGGAGAACGCGUGAGCACAAUAAAGCAAGAAUCUGAAGAGCCCCCCACCAAAAAGAGCCGGAUGCAGCUCUCCGAUGAGGAAGGCCGCUUCGCUGCCAGUGAGCUGAUGAGUUCCUCGUUCCUCGGGCCGCACCCACAUCAGCCUCCCUUUUGCCUGCCCUUCUAUCUCAUCCCACCGUCAGCAACUGCCUACCUGCCUAUGCUGGAGAAAUGCUGGUACCCCACCUCCGUGCCACUGUUAUACCCAGGCCUCAACACCUCAGCGGCAGCCCUCUCCAGCUUCAUGAACCCAGACAAGAUUCCCACCCCCUUGCUCCUGCCCCAGAGACUCCCUUCUCCCUUGGCACAUUCGUCCCUCGACUCUUCGGCCUUGCUCCAGGCUCUGAAGCAGAUCCCACCUUUAAACUUAGAAACCAAAGACUAAACUCUUGAGGGGAAUCUCCUGCUGCUUCGCUUUCCUUCCUGCCUAUUUCCAAAACCACCAAGGUUUGACCCACAGAGAAGAUUCAGAGUGUGUAUGUGUGUGCGCGAGUGCGUGCGUUUGUGUGUGUACGUGUGUGCGCGCGAGUGCGUGCGUUUGUGUGUGUACGUGUGUGCGCUAGUAUGUGUGUUUGUUUGUGUAGGACAUUAAGUUCCUUCUGACAUAGGGAAGACAAGAAAAGGAUGACCUGACAUCAGAUGACAGAACUGUGGCAGAUCUCUGGGCUUUUCCCUACCCAGAGAAGAACCCCCUUUGACAGAGAUCAGUUGGAUUUUCAUAUGCUUCAAAGGCUUGAUCUGUGAGUCACUCUUCAGUUCGGGAGAUGGGUCUGUCUGUGGCUUUGAGAAAAGGUACUUUCAAAAGAGCUUUCCAGAGCGCAGUGCACAGCCAGCUGUUAGGACCCCACCCUUGUCCCUUUAUUGUCGAGGUGACUCACACCAGGCUGACAGAGUGGACAGACUGAGCUUUCUGCUAAGGUGGUGAGGUAGCAAACACUGGCAUGUCACAGUAGUGGUUCAGGCAAAUUUCCGAAGGUCUCCUCCCCCACCCCUGCCUCUGAUGAAUAAAGACAAUGAGUGCAGUUCCCUAACUCAGGCUUUUGCGGUGAUACUCUUGCUAAGGAACCGAAAAUGGCCCCCUUUGUACAAGCUGAGCUGCUAGGGAACCAAGGUGGACCUGACCGGUCCCCAGGCCUGUGGCACCUGUUUCUAGGUCUCGUGUCUGUGCUGUCCAGGGAACCAAAGGAUGGUCUCAGAGAUGGCAGAUGCCCCAAGAGUCCCAAAGUGCGCAAAGCUGAGUAAUCAAUUGCUACACUUAACCGCACAGCUAGACUGGGAUUUCAAGUCUAUCCUAAAGCUUUGAACCAAGCUUAGCUUCUCACAGGCCUAGCAGAGCCUCGGCACCCCAAGAUCCUUUCUGUAGGCUAAUUCCUCUUGCCCGGCAGCAUAUGGAGUGUCCUUAUUGCUAAAAAGGAUUCUGUCUCUUUGAGGAAGUUUUAUUUUUGAUUCAGAGUCCUUGUUUUCUUGACUUGCUCAGCCAGCCCUGCACCAGCUCUUUCGAAAUGCACUAUGCUUGUGUUUUAACUUCUUUUCCCAUUUUUAUUUGGGCAUAAAAGUCGUUGCCUUUAUUUGUAAAGCUGUUAUAAAUAUAUAUUAUAUAAAUAUAUGACAAAGGAAAACGUUUCAGAUGUCUAUUUGUAUAAUUACUUGAUCUACAUAGUGAGAAAAAUGAAUGUAUUCCUGUUUUUGAAGAGAAGAAUAAUUCUUUUUCUCUAGGGAGAGGAGAGGUUACAGUGUUUAUAUUUUGGAACCUUCCUGAAGGUGUGAAAUUGUAAAUAUUUUUAUCUAAGUGAAUGUUAAGUAGUUGUUUUAAAAAUACUUAAUAAAAUAAUCUUUUUUCCUGUGGAAGAGAAA